AUGAAGUUCCAGAACCCUGGACAGAAAUGGAGCAGUUGUAAAGAUGUUGCAGGGAAGACUGUACGUACAGCCAGUGAAGGUCUGACUGUAGACACACCCAGUGAAGGUCUGGCUGUAGACACACCCAGUGAAGGUCUGGCUGUAGACACACCCAGUGAAGGUCUGGCUGUAGACACACCCAGUGAAGGCCUGACUGUAGACACACCCAGUGAAGGCCUGACUGUAGACACACCCAGUGAAGGUCUGGCAGUAGACACACCCAAUGAAGGUCUGGCUGUAGACACACCCAAUGAAGGUCUGAAUGUAGACACACCCAGUGAAGGUCUGGCUGUAGACACACCCAGUGAAGGCCUGGCUGUAGACACACCCAGUGAAGGCCUGACUGUAGACACACCCAGUGAAGGUCUGGCUGUAGACACACCCAGUGAAGGCCUGGCUGUAGACACACCCAGUGAAGGCCUGACUGUAGACACACCCAGUGAAGGUCUGGCUGUAGACACACCCAGUGAAGGCCUGACUGUAGACACACCCAGUGAAGGCCUGACUGUAGACACACCCAGUGAAGGUCUGGCUGUAGACACACCCAGUGAAGGUCUGGCUGUAGACACACCCAGUGAAGGUCUGGCUGUAGACACACCCAGUGAAGGCCUGACUGUAGACACACCCAGUGAAGGCCUGACUGUAGACACACCCAGUGAAGGCCUGACAGUAGACACACCCAGUGAAAGUCUGGCUGUAGACACACCCAGUGAAGGUCUGACUAUACAACUUUGA